UUAUUAUAUCUGACAGUUCCGGAGACUGGAAGUCCGACAUGGUCUCACAGGGCUAAGAUCAAGGUGUCAGCAGGGCUGGUUCCUUCUUGAGGCUCCAGGUUUAGGAACCAUCAUCAUUGCCAGAGCCUGACAGAACGUGAGCCACUUAUUGGAGCACCUGUCAUCACAGCCUCGGCCAUCCAGUACAUACCAGGAAGUUCCAAGUGUGGCGGCAUCUCAGCUGCAGCCAUGGGGUCUGAGGAUCACGGGGCCCAGAACCCGAGUUGUAAAAUCAUGACGUUUCGCCCAACCAUGGAAGAGUUUAAGGACUUCAACAAAUACGUGGCCUACAUCGAGUCCCAGGGAGCCCACCGGGCAGGCCUGGCCAAGAUCAUCCCCCCAAAGGAGUGGAAGCCGCGGCAGACGUAUGACGACAUCGACGAUGUGGUUAUCCCAGCCCCCAUCCAGCAGGUGGUGACGGGCCAGUCGGGCCUGUUCACACAGUACAACAUCCAGAAGAAGGCCAUGACGGUUGGGGAGUACCGCCGCCUGGCCAACAGUGAGAAGUACUGCACUCCGCGGCACCAGGACUUUGACGACCUGGAACGCAAGUACUGGAAGAACCUCACCUUCGUUUCUCCCAUCUACGGGGCGGACAUCAGUGGCUCCUUGUACGAUGACGAUGUGGCCCAGUGGAACAUUGGGAACCUGCGGACCAUCCUGGAUAUGGUGGAGCGUGAGUGUGGCACCAUCAUUGAGGGCGUCAACACCCCCUACCUGUACUUCGGCAUGUGGAAGACCACCUUUGCCUGGCACACAGAGGACAUGGAUCUGUACAGUAUCAACUACCUGCACUUCGGGGAGCCCAAGUCCUGGUACGCCAUCCCACCGGAGCACGGCAAGCGCCUGGAGCGGCUGGCAAUCGGGUUCUUCCCCGGGAGCUCCCAGGGCUGCGAUGCCUUCCUGCGGCACAAGAUGACCCUCAUCUCGCCCAUAAUCCUCAAGAAGUAUGGAAUCCCAUUCAGCCGGAUCACGCAGGAGGCCGGGGAGUUCAUGAUCACCUUUCCCUACGGCUACCAUGCUGGCUUCAACCACGGAUUCAACUGUGCUGAAUCCACCAAUUUUGCCACUCUUCGGUGGAUUGAUUACGGCAAGGUGGCCACUCAGUGCACGUGCCGGAAGGACAUGGUCAAGAUCUCCAUGGACGUCUUCGUGCGCAUCCUGCAGCCUGAACGCUACGAGCUGUGGAAGCAAGGCAAAGACCUCACGGUGCUCGACCACACCAGGCCCACGGCCCUGAGCAGCCCCGAGCUCAGCUCCUGGAGCACCUCCCGAGCCUCACUCAAAGCCAAGCUCCUCCGCAGACAAAUUAGUCUGAAAGAAAGCAGACACUGGAAAAAGACUGAGGAGGAGAGAAAACCAAAUCUAGAGAGGAAGAAAGAGCAGAGCAAAAAGCCGGGGCUGUCGUCUCACCGGAAACGCAGCCAGCCCAAGAAGCCCAAGCCAGAAGACCCCAAGUCACCAGGGGAGGGGACGGUGGGGGCAGCCCUCCUUGAGGAGGCUGGUGGCAGUGUGAAGGAGGAGACCCCACAGGAAGCCGACCCUGAGGACGAGGAAGAGGAUCCCCAGCUGCCACCACAAGGCAGGGAUGCGGAAGGCGCAGAAGAGGACGGGCGGGGCAAGCUGCGGCCGGCGAAGGCCAAGACUGACCGGAAGAAGAAGAGCCACAGCCCCCUGCACUCUCGCCACCCACUUCUGCCGCCACUGCCGCCGCCUGCACUCGCUCAGUUCCCCACGGAGGAGCUACCCCCACCCCCACUGGAGCCCCCGGUGCUGACCCCCAGUCCUGUGGCCGCUGCGGAGAGCCCCCUGCCGCCGCCCCUCAACGUCGUGCCUCCCGAGGCACCUGGUGAAGAGCCGGAGCUGAAACUGCGCCCCAUCAUCCCCAUGCUGUAUGUGGUGCCACGCGCCAGCCCAGCCACAUGUGACAAAGGCCGAGUGUCCUGCCAGCAGGCAUCUGAGCACUUUGCCCAGAAGGGCCCCACCUGGAAGGAGCAGGUGGCCCCCAUGGAGCUGACGGGGCCCGAGGAGGAGAGAACAGCUGGCGAGAUGCAGUCACCGUCAGCAUUUUCCAAAUUGAAGAUGGAGAUCAAGAAGAGUCGGCGUCACCCUCUGGGCAAGCCGCCAACCAGGUCCCCACUGUCCGUGGUCAAGCAGGAGGCCUCCAGUGACGAGGAAGCCUUCCCUUUCUCUGGGGAGGAGGACAUGAGUGACCCUGAGGCCUUGAGGUUCCUGCUGUCCCUGCAGUGGAAGAACAAGGCGGCCAGCUUCCAGGCCGAGAGGAAGUUCAAUGCAGUGGCCGCCCUGACUGAACCCUACUGCGCCAUCUGCACUCUCUUCUACCCAUACAGCCAGUCCCUACAGACCGAAAAGGAGGCCCCCCAGGCCUCCCUUGGGGAGGGCUCCUCUGCACCACCUUCCAAAAGCGGCCAGAAGACACGGCCGCUGAUCCCCGAGAUGUGCUUCACCUCCAGCGCCGAGAACACGGAGCCGCUCCCUGCCAACUCCUACAUCGGCGACGAUGGGACCAGCCUGCUGAUCACCUGUGCCAAGUGCUGCCUGCAGGUCCACGCCAGUUGUUACGGCAUCCGACCCGAGCUGGUCAACGAAGGCUGGACGUGUUCCCGGUGUACGGCCCACGCCUGGACUGCGGAGUGCUGCCUGUGCAACCUCCGGGGAGGAGCCCUGCAGAUGACAACCGACAAGAGGUGGAUCCACGUGAUCUGCGCGAUCGCAGUACCGGAAGUGCGGUUCCUGAACGUGAUGGAGCGCCACCCUGUGGACAUCAGCGCCAUCCCGGAGCAGCGGUGGAAGCUGAAAUGCGUGUACUGCCGAAAGCGGAUGAAGAAGGUGUCUGGCGCCUGCAUCCAGUGCUCCUGCGAGCAUUGCUCCACCUCCUUCCACGUGACCUGUGCCCAUGCCGCCGGGGUGCUCAUGGAACCUGACGACUGGCCCUACGUCGUCUCCAUCACCUGCUUCAAGCACAAGUCGGGGGGCCACACCGUUCAGUUCCUGAGGGCCGUGUCCCUAGGCCAGGUGGUCAUCACCAAGAACCGCAACGGGCUUUACUACCGGUGCCGUGUCAUCGGCACCACUACGCAGACCUUCUACGAAGUCAACUUUGAUGACGGGUCCUACAGUGACAACCUUUACCCAGAGAGCAUCACUAGCAGAGACUGUGCCCGGCUGGGACCUCCACCCGAGGGGGAGUUUGUUGAACUCCGGUGGACUGAUGGCAACAUCUACAAGGCCAAGUUCAUUUCCUCUGUGACCAGUCACAUCUAUCAGGUGGAGUUUGAGGACGGGUCCCAGCUGACGGUCAAGCGUGGUGACAUCUUCACUCUGGACGAGGAGCUGCCCAAGAGGGUCCGGUCGCGGCUGUCAGUCAGCACGGGGGCACCGCAGGAAAGUGUCUUCUUGGGAGAGGAGGUGAAGGCCGCCAAGCGCCCACGGGUGGGCACCCCGCACGCCCCCGAAGACUCGGGGCGGAACCCGGACUACCUGGCCUUCAUGGAGAGCCUCCUGCAGGCACAGUGCCGUCCCGGAGCCCCCUUCUAGGACAGCUGGCCACCCGGCCACCCCUCAGCCCAGCAAGGCAGGCGACGGCGGGCCCUGGCGUUUGCUUGCUGUGAAUUCCUGUCCUCGCCUCCCCAGCCCCCAGAGGCUACCUCCGUGCUCUGCAAGGACAGGAGCGAGCAGGACGCCAGCACGCGGCCCCCAGACUCAGGGAGCAGGGCCACACGGGCUCUGUGGGGCCGGCUGGGGCUCGCGCCAUCCCCACUACUCAGAUUCGUAAACCACGUAAGCUCUUCUUCUCGAAAAGGUGCUACUGCGUUGCCUGCUCCUGAGCAGCCUUUGAGAUUGUGACUUCUGUACAUAAAUCACCUUUGUGAGGUUCUUUCUAUAAAUACCUAUUGUUUAAAAAAAACUCAAGAAAAAAAGGAAAACAAAGAAAAGGAAAAAAAUCCCCAAAGUUGUUUUCUAGAUUUGUGGCUUUAAAAACAAAACGUUCUUUAUCUCAGAACCGAAACACACUGAGGGAGACAAAAGCAUCUCGUUUUUUUGUUUGUUGUUGUUUUAGAAUCUUACUUGUCUGUGAGCAGGCAGGGAUGUGUGGUGAGGCCUGGAGGUGCUGGGGCCUCGGGCAGGACGCCCAGCCCUAGGGACACCCUGUCACUCCAACCCCUCACUCCACUCUCUGCCCAACUUCAUGAAGGUCUGGGUGGCUGGCACUUCUUCUCUGGUCCCCACCAACACCGUUCCUCUUGUCGCUGGACAGGAGGAGGGACAGGCGGAGGCUGACUGUACCCUUUGGUGGCUGAGCGCUGGCCAUGGGGGUCUAGGACCCUCCCUCCUGUCUGCGAGCCUUUGCAAAUAAACAGUCUCUUUCCUGGUUUGUUCCAUCUUUUGCUUCUUCCCCUGUGAGAACCAUUCCACAGCUGAGGCCUCAGGUGACGGAGUGUCCCCAGUGCCACUCAGGCCUUCCUUGGCCUGCUCAGGGGGAGGGAGCCCCAUGAGUGGGUGACGUCCUGCGGCCACAGGAGCAGAUGGGCACAUGGCGACCCAGGGAGGGAGGACACGGAGCUGAGACAGGUCUCCCAGGUGGCCCAAGUCCAGCUGUUUCCCUACUCAGGCCUGCGUCCGCAGGCUUCCAGGUGUCCCUGCUUUGGCCGCAGCCCUGUGUUAUAAGGGGGUUCUUCCUAGGACCCCGAGGGCCUGGCAGCGUUCUGAGUCAUGUUUGCGACCAUGGAUUUAUGUGUCUGAGAGAGAGCAAGCCAGAGGGGGCAUCGCUGCUUUCAACUUGAAGGAAAUCUGCCCCUUAAGAGUUGUGGGUUGAAUUUAGGAGAGAGAAAAAAUGUGCUGCUCAUGGGCUUGGGAAGGAGACAGCCCAGUUCAGCCUGCCCGCUUUCUCCAUCUCCGCUGUCCCCGGCUCUCCCCUGCAGAGGGAUUGAGAGCAUAAUUUGCUUGUAUAAAAAUUCAAAAAAAAAAAAAGUGUUCUAACAGUGGCCAGGCCAGAGAGAACUAUUUAAGGAAAAUGGAGAGAAUGUAAAUGAGCCGAGAAUCUUUAAUUUCCUUGCUGGGGGGGGAGCGCAGGUGCCCGGCGUGGGCAGGGGCGGGAGGUACUGAGGGGAACCAGCCGAAAUGCGGGUCUCCCACUGCAUGCAGCAGCCCCGCCUGGUGGUACCGUCACUGUAUUCAUAUGUAGUUUGAAAAUGCUAUUUAUAUUGUAAAGAGAAUAAAAAGAAGUGGGCAGACGCCCCCGAGGCCCUCGAGGUCCAAGGGGUAGUCAGCCCUGGGCGGGGUCUCUGGGUCUCACCGUCUUUUUGGGUUCUGGGAUGACUUGUGUAGACAGGCCAUGGCACAGCAAAAGCAAAACGCACAUUUCCCCACAAAGAUAUAUCUGUGUCUAUGUGCAAAGACAAAAAACAAAACCCACCCACCCUGAUUUUUUCCCACCUGAGAUUAAGGAUGCUGUAUUUUUGCCUAAUUUCCCCGCCUCUAGGUUUAUAAUGAAUUAAAGGCUCGUGAGCGCUGCGAUUACA